AUGGGAAGUAUUUCAGUUCCAUCACCUUUGACAAAAGAGGAAUCAAAUCUCCAGCGCUUGCUUAACUCACUUACUCCGGUUGUUCCUUUGAAACCAAUUCCUGAGUUUCAUCUGUUGAAUGACCAGAAGUACUGCAUUGAAAAGUUCAACGGAGAAUGGAAAAAUUCUGAGAAGCCUGCAGUUAAGGAAUAUUUCAGGCUUCGAGAUAUAUGGACAUGUUUUGAAGAAUGGAGUGCAUAUGGUAGAGGAACUGAAGUGAUACUAAACAAUGGGGAGAAGGUCCAGCACUAUUUUACCCCUUAUGUAUCUGCUGUUCAGAUUUCCAUCAACGAAGGAAUUCAGAAAGUUGAUAGUACUGUUGGCAAUGCAUCUUGUAAUGGUACUACUAAAUCUUUGAGCGCUGAGAGCAAGACUAAUGAGGUCCUAAUUAGGUCUUCAAGUAACAACUCUGGUAAUGGCAAGUUUUGCGAUUCCUCUUCUGGGUCAUAUUCUAGCACUGACCAUGAGCGAAAGGAGAUUAAAAGUCUUGCUCAAGAAAAUCCAGGCUUGCUGACUCUGAGAAGCACUGAUUUGUUGCCAUCCAGUUGGAUGGCUGUUGCCUGGUAUCCUAUAUGCCAGAUCCCUGUUAAAGGAGUUGUGAAAGAGUUAGACUUCUCUGCAGCAUUCAUAACAUUCCAUACAUUGUCCUCCUUCCAUCCAGAUACUGGUGUAGAUUCUAAUCAUGAUGAGAAUGCUGAGAUUGGGGAAACAAAAGCCUCAGUGAACAAGAAACGAAUAAUGCCUCUUCCGCCAUUUGGCCUGGCUGCCCUAAACCUGACAGGAGAUGUCUGGUUAAGCAACGGUCACUCUGAUGAGGAAAGGUAUGCUGAUCUUUACAACGCUGCCAGUAGCUGGCUACAGGAGCACCACUUUUAUCAUCAUGACUUUAAUUUCUUUGCUAAUAACUCCCAUGUUAGAGGGGGAACAUUUGGUAGAGAGAUCUAA